AAUAAAUAAAAUCCACAAUAAAAAAUCAACCAUUAGAAAAAAAAAAAUUAAAAAUUAAAAAUGAGAAAAAAAGAGAUUGACUUGAUCAAUUGUGUAUGUGCAAACAUAGUGAAAGGGAAUUGGAUCAAUCUCUCAAACCCUAAAAUCUCCAUCAACUUCACAACCUCCAUUGCCAACCAAAUCCUUCUCCAUCUCUCCACCAACACCUCCUCCCCUUCUCUCUCAUGGUCCUUCUUCACAUGCCUCCAAUCCAUCCCUCACUACCACCUCUCCCUCCUCCCCAUCUGGACCAUGCUCCAUCUCCUCACUCACCAUCGCCACUUCACCACCGCCCGCCACCUGCUCGACGAAAUGCCUCUCAGAGAAUUCCUCUCUUCCCCCACCGUUCUCAGCUCCUUGUUGUGUUCCCACACUGACCGCACCUCCAACACUCUCAUUCUUAGCUGGCUGGUGCUGCGCUACUCUCGGUUGAGCAUGAUUCAUGAUGCACUCCAGGUGUUCGACCAAAUGCGGCUGAAUGGACUAGUGCCAAAGCCUCAUGCUUGUUCUGCUCUUUUGAAUGCAUUGGCUAAAGCUAGAUUAACUGCUAGUGCGUGGAAGGUUUUUGAUGAAAUGAUACGGGUUGGUGUUGUGAUGAAUUUGUGCAUUUUUAAUGUUAUGUUGCAUGUUUGUUAUAAGGCCGGUGAUGUCGGGAAGGCAGAAGAGCUGGUGAGUGAGAUGAGGAGGAGGUGUUUGUCACCGGACUUGUUCUCGUAUAAUUCUUUGAUUGCGUUGUAUUGUAAAAAGAGCAUGCAUUAUGAAGCUUUGAGUGUUCAGGAGAGGAUGGAGACGGAAGGGAUUUGGCCUGAUAUCGUGACUUAUAAUUGUCUUGUUCAUGGGUAUUGUCGAGAAGGUAGAAUGCGGGAAGCACGCCGGCUUUUUAAGGAUAUGAAGGGUGUAACUCCUAAUCAAGUUACUUAUACCACGCUUAUUGACGGGUAUUGUAGAGUGAAUGAUCUAGAUGAAGCACUCAAAUUGCGUGAAGAGAUGGAGUCAAAAGGUUUGUAUCCCGGUGUGGCAACGUAUAAUUCAAUCAUUCGGAAGCUUUGUAAGGACGGGAAAAUGAAAGCUGCCAAUGAUCUUUUGAAUGAAAUGGAUGAAAGGAAGGUUGAGCCGGAUAACAUCACGUGCAAUACUUUGAUUAAUUCGUAUUGCAAGAAGGGGAACAUGGGAUUUGCAUGGAAGCUGAGAAAUAAGAUGUUGGAGUCAGGGUUGUCGCUUGAUCAGUUCACUUACAAGGCACUGAUUCAUGGGUUUUGCAAGGUUCAGGACAUGGAUGAGGCUAAGGAAGUUCUCUUCGAAAUGCUAAAUGCAGGAUACUCUGCGAAUUACAGUACUUUCUCAUGGCUUGUGGAUGGUUAUUGCAAGCAGAAAAAUGAAGCUGCAGCGUUAGGGAUCCCUGAUGAUCUCAUUAAAAAAGGUAUAUGUGUCGACAAGUCUGUCUACAGGGCACUUAUACGAAGAUUUUGUAAACGUGGCUUGGUUGAUUGGGCACAAAAAGCACUAAUGUCAAUGCAAGACAAGCGCAUUUCGGGAGAUAGUAUCAUGUAUCUCAGUCUGGCCUUUGCUUACUUGAAUGCAGGGAAGCCGAUGUCGGCCUCUGAGAUGUUGGAUAACAUGGUUAAGAAUCAACUGAGAAUAACUGCAAAGAUUUAUAACUGUCUCAAUGCUUCUUAUGCUGACAAUAAUGAUGUCCUGACGCUGCUUUGGAGUCGAGCUAUUGAGAAAUGCUUAAUUUCAAGAAAUGUAUACAAGUUGAUGCAAUGAGGUUAUAUAUUGCUAUAAAACCAAGGAAAAUGAUAGUACGAUGUUUCAUGCAAGUGAAGUUAUGUAGAAGUUAGUCGACAACAGAAGGUUGUAAUGAGUAAUCACUAUUGUGAUGUGAUGAUAAAUUGCUGGAAUUCAGACAUCAUGCAAGAUACACAAUUGUUGUACCCCUUUCAUAAGCCACUGAGGUAUUCAUUUGAAUUAAUUAAUUAAUUUAUUUAUUUUCAGAUGAAAAGGAUAUCUAUUUUCUCUAUCAAUUCCAUGUUUUUUCUAUUGAUUUUA